UUACCGGUAAACAGCGUGGCCUUGGCAGUGGUGCCUGGUGGUGGUUUUGAGUUACCCCGGGUGACGCUGAAGAGAACAGACUUGUUCCGUGUGUGUGCGUGGCUACGAUUGCAAAUAAGCAACCAAAAAACAUUGAACUUCGAACGCCGAUACUCGAUAGUGUGAUAUUUUGACCUGGAUGAUGAAAUAGCCAAGGGACGGACUGAAGUAUAUAUUGUAGGAGGUCCACACAAAGGAGAGCAACAUGCCCUGCAUGACCACAUGUUGCUGUUGCUUCAACACCUACCAGGGCUCCAUCAUCAUCGGAGUCCUGUCACUGCUGCCCAGUAUCACCGGCGUCGGCCUGGUGUCACACCUGAUUAACACCUGGGACACAAACAAUGCUGAGGUCACCGAAUGGGCGCAGAACAUCACCGACUCCCUGGAGACCAGCUCCAGUCAGAUAUCGGUGGUCACCGACUUCAUCGAUGCCGCCUCGGCAGACAUGUACACGGUGCUGAUCGUGCUGCUGAUCUACUUUGUGGGCUCCUCGCUGACCGCUCUGAUGCUGAUCAGCGGCGUAUACCAGAGUAUGCGCUGCCUGAUGCUGCCCUGGCUGACCGUGGUGCUGCUCCGCCUGCUGACCGUCACCAUCUGCGUCGGCAUGUUCUUCUACAUGGCCGGCGGAGUGCCCGACAGCAGGUCCAAGGAGCGGCUCGUCAUGUCCGGCCUGGGAAUCAUCCCAGAGAUCGCUCUGACGAUGUACGGGUGGCUCUGCGUGUUCAGCCACUACCAUCACCUUCAGCUGAUGGAAGAGCAAGUCGCCCCGAUGCCAGAGGAAGAGCCCAUCCAGGUGCUGACACCUGUUGGCGAGAACAAGUACUAGAGAGAAGCAGAUGACGCUAGCUGUGGGUCCCGGCUCUGAGCUGGGUCUUCAGUUGACCUGACGUCCCUCGAUCGAGAGAACGGGCUUUACUUAAAGUACCUGCUUUUCUUGCGGGACUAGCUGUGCCUUUAACAUAUUAACAUGCCUAUUGUGUUCGUAAUGAGCCUAUUACUUAUAUGUACGUUCUAAAAAACGUUAAAAACGGAUAUAGUAAAUAGUUGUCCAACACUAGACUAACUGGGGUAACUACUUCGAAGACUGGAAACGAGUCUAUGCCAAUUUUAGCUUAUACUAUAUUUAAGCAAGUGUUAUUGACAACUAUACUUGUAUCUUCUUAUUACUCGUGUUGUAUAUUUGUACCUCUUCUUACUAUCGCAUAUGAAGAUAUGAAGUAGUCUAUGCCUGCUUAUAACUGCUUCGUCCACUUUCUCGCACAUCAACCUUUACUGCCUUUAUAAAUGCUCCUUGUUCAAUGUUAAAAGUAAACAAUUAGAUUGAACUCAUUCAGGAUGACACCUACAACUAACCAAUUAGCCCGGGCGAUGUGCGAUAAAUGCUCUGCUUACCGUUGGGGCUAUCUGAUUAUCUAUUGAAAUAAAAUGCACAGAAAACUUCGACAAA